AGGUGUUAUAGGGAGAAUUAUAUGGAGCAAUGGGGGCUCUAUGGGGAAUGUUAUAUGGAGCAAUAAGAGUAGUUUCAAUAAGAGCAAAACUAUUUGCAACAGUUAUACUAAAUAGGAUAUUAUAAUUCAAAUAAUCAUCCAAAAGAUUUUGUUCAGUUAACUGAAAACAAUCAGUAAUGUGUGAUUAAUUCGAUACUACACAAUUUAAAAAUGACUGAAUAUGAGAAUAUAGUUCAUUCUGCUCACAGGAUUCUUGCUUGUCUAUAUAGCAGAAGUAAAUCACUCGUUAACAGAUGGGAGAGAUUAAAUACAAAAAGGUAACGUGGUAGAAAAAUCAUAUGCUUUUGUGUAUUCUGAUAACGAUCACCACUUCUCUUAUAUAAAGAAAAAUAGCAGACAAAGAUAAUGGGGGGCGUUCGCCAGAGGGGAUCUCCACGGAUCUCUAUUUGUACAGAACAUUUUAAGGUUCUUGAUAUCAAAGGGCGGACUGGGUCUUCACCCUCUAUUGUCCUAAAAUGUAGUUGCCUAGACAAGACAAAUAAGGUGCAUAUCUUAGCAAACAUGGGCCCUGUGCAGCUUACAUUAAUGGGAGAUAUAUUCUAUAACUAUAGCAAAUUGGUGUAACUGAGCACCAUAGAGUAGGAGGCAGUCUUACAGCUGUAAAUUGAAUUUAACUUGGUCUGGGCUAUGGGAAUAAGCUGCAACUGGUGGCUCUCCUCUCACUCCCUGGCUCCCUGUACACGAGGGAGUGUUAAAUAAUGGACGAGCCACAUGCAUAUUUUAUAGCCUGGCCGCUAUUAUAGUGCUGAGUGACAAGCUGGAGUCCUCUUCACUACAUCCCAAACAAGUUUCCCAGAGGCUGAGAGAUGCGCCAGGCUUCCCGAACACAACCACAAAGCAGUGGAUUAUGGAGGUAAGCAGCAACAUUCUCUUUGGCUUCACAGAAUCACGUACAAGAGCUUGCAAUUCUUUUAGGUGGGACAUGCUUAGGACAGAAAGGUUUACAGCUAUGGCUUAUGGGCAGGUUUAUACAUAGAAAUAAGAGCUUGCACUUCAUUAACACAAGAACCAGCGUUGGAGUUAGAACCUGGUAGCCUCCUGUGUUGAUAACUGUGCCCCAUGGGGAGGACUUCCUUGGGUUUUAAGCCCUCUGAGCACCGUUGGAAUGGGAGAGAAAGCGUAACUAUCAUGUAGAUGUAAUAGAUCGUAUAUUAUUUAUGGAUUUUAAAUUCUCCAAUAGCCGAUCUCCAGUUUGGAGCAGAACCAUUUAUCCGGUUUCAUGGGGCCCACAUACCCUAGUGAUAAGCCAGUUGACUGUAAAACAGACUGGAAUAUAAAUAAGAGAGUCCCUACUGUGUAAAUGUCAGGAAAUAUCAGGAAUAGAAUUACAUGUUUUAAUCAUUAGGGUCACCUUAAGUGGAGCCUAGAACAAAAGGCACCAUGUACGACUCAUGAUUUGAAUAACGUAGGGUGGCCAAUUUAUUGCCAGGGAUGUAAUUUGGCAUCUCCAGACUCCAAUAGCACCUUUACCCUCUCUUAUAUAUUUAUAUAUCAUGGCACAAGAGGAAGAAAUUGAGUGGUUUUCUGGAUCUUUCUGUGUUCCAUCACCACCAUCAGCCACUGGGUUGGCUUCCUCAGUUCUUGUACCACGGUCUAUGGCCCUUAAAGGGGUUCUGUGAAUUGCAGAUGGGCAGCACUCAGGUUUUUCAUCUUGCCCUAUUGCCUUUUUGCAUUAAAUGUAUUAAAUGAGGCCACGGGCAAAGCAGCUGAUGAGAGUUGAUUCCCCAGCCAACAGCCGGCAGGUAACAUUGUCCCAUCUGUUGGAAAUUAGUGUUAUGUGUCAACAACAGCUGGAGGACGGCGGCCCUAGCCGACCUGGAGGAGGAAGGGGUGAAACAUGAGGUACAAAAGGAGAUGGUGUUUGGCAGUAACUGGAUCCCAAGGGAAGGAAUGGAGGUGCAUAGAGUAGCCCGACUAGAUGGGCAGAUAGAGAGCAGUUGCUAUAGUUCCUUCAGUGAGAGAUAGUGAUGGGCAGAGGUAGGCAAGGCAGAAUAGCUACUGUACAGAGAAGUGGGGCUGGUUUUGCUAAGUCUUCUUGCCAGAACAGACUUACAAUAAGGAGAUUUAAGACAAUGUCUUUUAUUUUAAAAACUGGGGAAGGUUGCCUUGAAAUGACAUUUUAGCCUACUAUACACACACUAAUGCUACUAGCACCUCAGUUAGUGUUCAUUUAUGGUGUUUCAGGGAGCAUAUCUACAGAGGAAGCAGACCCUGCAGCUGCAAGGGGGGCCCAGGAGGUAUAGAGGCCGCAUGGAGGGUCCUAGUUGAUAUACAAGCUCAAUAAAUAUUGAUCAACCUCUAGACAUAUUCGGGGGCCUGAAAAACAAAUUGUUCUGGGGCCCGUUAAUAUCUAUUUAUGCCGCUGGGUUUUCGAGCGAAUGAAACGGUUAUCGGGUUGUAAAGGUCACUCGUUUUGUCACCUUGGAACUGGGUCAAAUUAGUCUGAUCCUACUCUGACGAGAGGAUUUCAUCAAUGGUCCCAUGUGGUCCUCACGCAAUGAAAUUUCCAAGCUUGCCCUAUAGAUAUAUACCUGGUCUCUGGAUAGAUUUCAGUAGGUUGGUUUUUGUCUGGAAUGGCGAAGCUGGCAGUUAAUGAAGGGCAGUUAAUGAAGGGCAGUUUAUGGGCACCUUAUUAAAGUUAAAAAUAAACACAUACAUAUAUAUGAACAGAACCGUGUAUUUAUGUGCAAUGUUUUCGCAUUGUGCUGCCCUGUGCAUUGGUCAAAUGCCAAGGCCACUGUCCAAUCAGUGCUGCCGAGACCCAAGGGAUGGCACUGGAAGGGAUAACCAAGGCAUUAUCCGGUAUUAUUAAUCCUGCACAUGGAUUAGAUUUCCCUCUGGGAUUUGUGCUGCAGGACACACAUUUCUGAUUAAAUCCCUCAGUUUACAGGAAGAUGUGUAUGGAAGCGGACCAGGAGACGGGGUAUUUGAGGUGAUGGAGAUCUGCAGAAGAACAACCCAAAGUCAAAGCUCCAGCUGGUAAAUUAUGGGAAGAUAGAGACGCUACCUACCUCAAAAUGAUGGGACUGUUGCUUCUCCUUCUGAUCAUUCCACAUUCAUCUUGUAACUCAGUUGAGAACUGCCCUAACUUCUGCCUUUGCUACGAGUCUUCCAACCUUGUGGAAUGCAGGAAUCAGCAGCUCCUCGGGGUACCACACCAUCUGUCACACAGCACAUGGAUGCUGGAUCUACGGCAUAACAACCUCAGCAGACUGGAUCCUGCCUCCUUCCAAGCUUUGUGGUCACUUCGCAUUCUCCUCCUUUCAGACAACAGGAUUGAGGUGGUGUCCCCUAGAUCCUUCCGCUCUCUUGGCUUCCUUGAGCGCCUGGAUCUCUCCAAUAACCACCUUUCGAGUCUGCCCUUCGACUUCUCCAGAGGAUUAGGUUCCUUGAGAGAGCUGAAGGUACCUUCCAACCGACUGACAGUCCUGAGCUAUGAGAGCCUUCGUCAUUUAGAAAGUCUGGAGAAGUUGGAUUUGAGUAGAAACUUCUUGGUUUCGGUGGAGCAGGGGGCGUUCCGAGGACUGGCCAGGCUUCGUCACCUCCACCUUCAGUCUAACCUUCUUGAUACUAUAAGUGGUGGUUACUUUUUCAUGCUUCAGAAUCUCGAGCUCUUAGAUGUGUCAGCCAACAAUAUCAGCAGCAUAGCAGUGGAAUCCUUCACUUCUCUGCACUCACUAAGACUCCUCGCUCUCUCUGAUAACCAGCUCAGUCACCUUAAAUUCAAAACCUUCCUUAAUUUACAGACCCCAAGCACCCACAUCCAGGUAUCUGGCAAUCCCUGGGUGUGUGACUGUGAUCUACAGAGAGUAUUUGGCAAGAUCAACAGCGUGAGACACCUGCAUAUAGAUGACUAUGACAAUCUAACUUGUGCUGAUCCUCUACAGCUUUUGGGAGCAGCUCUAGUCUCAGUGGACAACCAACUAUGUGUGGCUGAGACGGCCACAGUCUUGGUUAUUACCAUCACCGUUCUGGUAACUGUGAUCGCUGCUAUCUUCAUGGCCGAGAGGAAUCGUAAGAAGAACCAGGACAAGAACUGGAAUGAAGUAGAUGGACCUUUCGAAACCCAGGACAAGUGAUGGGACAAUUUACACGAGAAGCUACAUCGAGUACAGUAUGUCUCCUGAAAUUUAAAUGUCCAUCUUUGGACCCAACCUGAUUAUCAGGGGGGCUUUUGUAAAGGGGGUGUUGAAAUGUGUUGUGUUUGCUAAUAUACUUUUAUUUGUCUGUAUGCCCAAGUCUGAUCACCAGCUGAAAGUUAGCGUUCAUGUUUGUACUAUAUUUGUUAUUCUUUUUUAACGGUAAGGUCUUCUCCUAUCCCUCACACGUUAUUAUGGUCUUCUCCUAUUAUUUAUUCAUUCUACCAGUCCAGCCCUUGCUUCUAUAUUAGGAUAUGUGAGCCUAUAAUGAGUCAGCCAUUGAAUUCUGAAGGAAAAUAUUAGGGGAGAGACCAGAAAGACUGUGAGCUCCUGGGAUUUUUUUCCCUCCUGGCUCUGAGUUCUUAUGUAGGAUGUGAUAUCCAUGCUCUUGAAUGGCAUUAAAUAUUAUUUUGGAUGCUG